AAACUUCAUAUCACAGGCAGCUCAGCCAAGAGUAAUAACACCAACAUUAAUGCAGCAAUAAACUCAAUAAACUAAAUAAAACUGUGAGAACCAUAACAGUGGAUGGUAAAACCCUCAUCAGGAGCUCCUGUGUGUUUUCUGGUACGCUCUCUGUAAUCCAAUCAUGUCCGAGCAGUGCAGGAAGAAGCUGGACGCUCAGCCCCCUGAAGCUCAGCGCAUCAUUAAUGUCCUGGACGAGUCCAUCCACAAGAUGAAACUUUUGUCCUGUUUGCCUGAUAAACUCGAAUGUUCUGAUCAGGCCUCGCUGGUGCUCGGAGACCACGCAGCUAAUUUACUCGAGGAACAUCUGCGACUGUCUGAGAUUUACCACAGCACGCAGGAACAGGACAGGAACCAAGAAGCGCCCGCCGCUCAGGACGUCCAGAACUCACUGCGGGACUUCCUACGCGUCGCGAGGCCUCAUGGGACGACGCUGGAAGCGGCGGCGCUGGUGGGGACGGCACUCCAGGGAGCAGGACCGGUCUUAGAGGAGGACCUGAGGGUGGUGCAGAAGCUAGCAGAGGGGCUACAGAACUUCAGAGACGUGGUGUUGGAGAGGCUGGUGACCACGCCUAGCGAGGAGCAAAAACUCAAGCGUCGAGCGCAGGAGGCGACUGUGAGGCACCGAAGCAACCUGGAGCGGAUCGACAAGCUGGAGAAGGACGUGGCCGAGGCCGAACGGGAAAGAGACGAGGAACUCAGUAGGAGGGAUGAGGAGAUCAGUAGGAGGAAGGAUUCUCUACAGAGAAUAAUAAAAGAGAAGCAGGAGAACGUGUUGAAGAUUCAGACAGACUCAGUACAGCAGAAGAUCUCAGAUCAGAAGAACUCAGAGGAGAAACGUCAGCGGCUGCAGCUCCGAGCAGAUCAGCUCCAAACUCAACUCACCAACAUCAGCGCCGAGCACUGGGAGUCAGGAACCACGCUCCGCAAGAAAAAUAAAAAGUUGGAGACACAGAUAGAAAAUCUGAUCAAGCGCUAUGAUUCAGAUUUGGGAGAAAAACAGGUGGAGCUGGAGAAGCUGAUGCAGAUGUACGAGGAAGAGAGGGCCGAGCUGAAGGACCUGCAGGAGCUUCACGUCGUCCUGGAGCCGGAGUACGCCCAGAUCAUGGAGGAGCGACGCCGGGCGCAGGAGCGGCGGGUCGAGGAGGAAAAGGAGCUUCAGACGAAGAGCCGCGCCGCCAUUAUUAUUCAGGCCGUGUGGAGGGGAUGGAGUGUCCGCAAAGCCAUGAAGAACAAGAGCAAAAGCAAGAGCAAGAAGGGCAAGAAGGGCAAAGGGGGGAAAAAGGGGAAAUGAGCGACCUCACAAAGUUAAUAAAUCAAAGUCAUGUAAAAAAACACUAAA